GAGUUCAAAAUAUUUUGUUCGGAUUACUCAUUUCACACGGCGCGGAAUGCCUCCAUCUUAUCUUUUUUGAUGUGAAUAAAUAUAAAACAUUAUCAUAUUCAACAUACUAAUAAUCAUAAAAGUAAACCUUCUUUUUAACGUGGAUUUUUUAUAAAUACUGGAUAAAAGAUGACGGACACCGUGAAUAUGUCAUUAGAUGAGAUUAUAAAACAGAAUAAACAAAACCAAGCAAACAGAGGAGGUGGAACAGUCCGUGGUCGUGGCGGCGGACGAGGUGGGCGCCGGGGACGUGGAGGACGUGGUGGAGGCGCGCGGCGAGGUCGCUCUCAAUCCCGGCCUGGAACACCUAACAGUCAACAACGAUCCAGGUCGCGUUCUCGUUCUCGAGGACCCCGAGGUCAAGCACAGACGCGCGGUCGUUCACAAUCUCGCAACAGAUCAAGAUCCCAACAACGUCGUCGAUCCUUUUCACGAGGACGAUCUGCUUCAAGAUCUCGUUCACAAGUUCGAGGUCUUACUCCUAAAGGCAGAGCAGGUCUAGAAAAUCAUCAAUCUGAAAUGCCGCCAUUGUUAAGACGAAACAACAGAAUAAACAGAGGUGGAUUUCAAAUGAGACUAAGACGAUCAAACUCUAUGACACACCUGCAAGGAGGAGUUCAUAGUAGACUUGGAGUUGCUGGUAAAAAAAAUAAUGCAAAUGCUAGUUUUAAACCAUUAGCAGUUGCAAAGAGAGGAAUAGCAAAGCGAGGCCGUGGUUUUACUACUCGGAAUAAAUAUAGUAAUGUCGGUCUUCGCUCUGAUUUAAUACUUCAAGAACAACAACAAAAUGUUAUCAGAUCUCAGACUUUUACUCGUUCUAGAAAUAAUUCUUUAGGUUCUGCAUCUCAACUCACAGUCAGUGUAGCUAAUGAUUUUGCCAAGAGGCGUAGAAAUAGUUUUGGAAACGCCAAUUAUUUGAAUAAGCAAAGUUUAGCACAGCUUAAUAAUGAAUAUGGAGGUUAUCGCAAAAGAGGUGGACCUGGUAGCGUAAAAUCAAUAGGAUCAAAUAAAUCAAACAGAAGCCAUUCUAGCAAAAGAUCUACACAGUCAAGAGGAAGAGGAAGAGGACGGGGAAACAACCGAGGUGUUGGUAGAAAAUUUAUCAAUAAACAAAUAUUAAAUCCUCGAUUACAACAGGAAAUUGCAGCUGUUCAGGGAAAAGUUUAUGGUAGUAAUGAUACAGAAUCUCCGGCUGGUUUUAAUUUUACUCCUACACCAGCCACUACUAAGCAGACAAUGCACCAACGAUUUGCUACAGCCUAGUCAAUAAAAUUAUAAUAAAUUUACUGUGACAACAAGGCACUGCAUUUUGUCUUGGCCCUUUUUUCUAACCAUAGCAAUAAGCUGAGUUUUGUUUUUCUGGUAUAACUACCAAUGUGAUUUAUUACAGCCGGUUAAUUUAAAGGUAGAUAUAAUUCCUUACUUUAAUUAAACCUGUAUUUGGAACAUCAUCAGCAUUUAACAGUAUUAUGUUGACAUUAAAAUUUUGUAAACAUUGCUUUUUUUGGAUAUAAUAUAUAUAUAUAUAUAUAUUACAUAUGUACAAGUACAAUUUAAAGUUUCAUGUUUUCUUAGGUUUAAGCCGGUAAAAUUUCUAUUGUUUAUAAAUAUUUUUGUUACUUAUAAUAUAGUGUGAAAAUAAAAGUUCUUUCAACUUA